AUCGAUGUCGACUUUGUUUUAUAUUGCAACCCUAAUUACGACGCCAUUUUACAAAGACAAAAAAAAUUUUUGUGACGAAGCGUUGUUGUAAUUAAACCGAAGAAAAGUGGUGUAAUUUAGGAGAACUAACAACUAAACAGAAGUGAAGAUGUCGCAACGCUUUGCGCCUGGCCAAGCGCCGGUGCAGUCGCGCUACCAGCCACCGCCACAAGCGCCUGGCAUGCGUCCCUAUCCCGGGCCCGGAACCGGCGCCAGUUUCCCGUGUUUGCAGCCACGCGGUUUUCCGCUGCACCCGAACACAACGCAGCCUGUGCCUGGGAGUGUGGUGGGCGCUGCUCCCGUCGGUGUUGGGGUCGGUCCCGGACCCUCGCUCCUCCAACGGAGCACCCAGCCCAGUUUUCAGACCGGACUGCGCGGCAGCGGUUCCGCUGGCGUUGGCGGCGGUGGUGGCGGCAGCAAACGUUCUGCGGAAUCGCGCAACAUGAACAGCGGCCCCAACAAGGGUGAGUUUGCCGGUGGUGGUGGCGCCAAAAAGAAGAAGAAACUGGCCGACAAAAUCCUGCCGCAAAAGGUGCGAGACCUGGUUCCCGAAUCGCAAGCGUAUAUGGAUCUACUGACAUUCGAGCGCAAAUUGGAUGCGACCAUAAUGCGCAAACGCCUGGACAUACAGGAGGCGCUCAAGCGACCGAUGAAACAGAAGCGCAAGCUGCGCAUCUUUAUCUCGAAUACAUUCUAUCCGAGCAAGGAGCCGAGCAAUGAUGGCGAUGAGGGCGCUGUCGCAUCCUGGGAGCUGCGUGUCGAGGGACGACUGCUCGAAGACGGUAAAGGGGAUCCGAAUACGAAGAUCAAGCGGAAGUUCUCAUCGUUCUUCAAAUCGCUGGUCAUUGAGCUCGACAAGGAGCUGUAUGGGCCGGAUAAUCAUCUGGUUGAAUGGCAUCGCACACACACCACCCAGGAGACGGAUGGAUUUCAGGUGAAGAGGCCGGGUGAUCGCAACGUACGCUGCACCAUCCUCCUGCUGCUUGACUAUCAGCCGCUGCAAUUUAAGCUGGAUCCACGACUGGCCCGAUUGCUGGGCGUGCACACCCAGACGCGGCCCGUCAUCAUCUCGGCCCUGUGGCAGUAUAUUAAGACGCAUAAACUGCAGGACGCCCAUGAGCGCGAGUAUAUCAAUUGUGACAAGUAUCUGGAGCAGAUAUUUAGCUGCCAGCGCAUGAAAUUCGCCGAGAUACCGCAACGUUUGAAUCCGCUCCUACAUCCACCCGAUCCAAUUGUCAUCAAUCAUUUCAUUGAGAGCGGGGCGGAGAAUAAACAGACCGCCUGCUACGACAUCGAUGUCGAAGUGGAUGACACGCUCAAGAACCAAAUGAACAACUUUCUGAUGAGCACUGCCAGCCAGCAGGAAAUCCAGGGCCUCGACACGAAGAUCCAUGAGACCGUCGAUACCAUCAAUCAAAUGAAAACAAAUCGCGAAUUCUUUCUCAGCUUUGCCAAGGAUCCGCAAAUGUUCAUCCAUCGCUGGAUCAUCAGCCAGACGAGGGAUCUCAAGCUAAUGACCGAUGUGGUUGGUAAUCCGGAGGAGGAGCGUCGCGCCGAGUUCUACUAUCAGCCGUGGACGCAUGAGGCCGUAUCGCGCUACUUCUUCACCAAGGUCAAUCAGAAGCGGGCCGAAUUGGAGCAGGCGCUGGGCAUACGCAACGGCUAAGCCUGUUAGGUUCUUGUAGCUGUGUGUGCUUCAAAUUGUGCACACUGCGAAACUCUUUUUUCCUUCGACAGUUUAAUUUAAGCUCUAAAUGCUACUAUAUAUGUAUACUAUAUAUAAUUAUGUGUCACUAUUUUUUUGCCAACAACAAAAACUGGCUUCAGCUGCAACAAUUAAAAACAUCCAUAUAAAAUAGACU